CACAGUGUUACAGCAUGCCGUAACGGGUAGAUUCCUUACCGUUGUGUGCACACUGCCAGUAUUAACGGUGGGUCGAGCUGUCAGUCACAAACACUCGAAAAGCAUUUCAACACGACAGAUGGUGGAAAAAGUGCGAUAAAUAAAAUGUCGAAUUUGCAGGAGCUUUCUUUUCAGUCGACAUAAAAUGACUUAUUAAGUGCUCUUAUUGUUUCUGCGUGAAGUGACUUUAAUUAACUUUCUUGUACUGUGUUGCCAGUACUUAAGUCGGGGCUUAGAGAAAAUGGAGACUGUCGAAAAGACGGAAAACGCAACCAAAGCGAGCAGUCAUGAGAUUGAUGAAAUGUUUUCUGUGCAAGACGAGGAUGGAGUCUUCCCUGAUAUACCAACACUUCAGGAUCAGUUGUCUGGCACGAAGAAGGACGGGAGAUCUAUAGGGAGACUGGAAACCAUGGAAACGAAAACCAACUGGGAAUCGUUCAUCAACGCGUGUGACGAGUUCAGCACCGAUUCGAAGAAAGUGAUAAAGUACAUCAAACGGAAGAUCAAGGGUCGGAAAGGCGAGAAGCAGACGGAGGUGAAGACGAUCCACAUCGUGCCUGACGACGACGAGGCCAAGUGGGCGAGGAGGUCGGCAAACAGCGCGGCCAGCCGCACCAGCACCGACACCGCGUACUCGUCGUGCAGCACCGAGAGUCGCGACAACGACGGCAUAGAGGUCGUGCACGACAUGGCAGUCGAUACUCCAGACACCUGCUGACACGGGACGCGCCGAUAGUCUUACAUCGAUGGUGCUACUCUUCACGGUUGUGUUGCUCAAAUUUAUGAUGUUUUUGUUAUGGAUAACUGUUUGGCAAGUCAGACUAACGUGUUGGCCAGUGAGUGAUCCGAGGCCAGACAUGUGCGGCUUGCGUCAAACUGAUUGUACAUUGGAAUCGUGUUAUGUUCAUUAGACACAGUAACAACAGAAUGGAAGGUUUCCCGCCAAUCUGUGAACACUCCUUCUUCUCCGUCCAGGCUUUAGCUCAUUGUGCUUCAAACCCGAGUCCGGCUGUGUUGGCCAAUACCGCUCUCUUGAGACCCGAGUCCGGCUGUGUUGGCCAAUACCGCUCUCUUGAGCCCCGAGUCCGGCUGUGUUGGCCAAUACCGCUCUCUUGAGGCCCGAGUCCGGCUGUGUUGGCCAAUACCGCUCUCUUGAUCAAAGUUCUCCAGUCAGAAAGCUGGUCCGCCAGAGGUGCUCGGUGUACUAUAAUAUUCAACUUGUGUAAAUGUCGAGUGUGGAUUGAUGUGUUUGUAUUCCGGUGACUAGCAGUGUUUUCAGUCCAGUAGUUUUGUGUAGCACCAUUAACAAUAGUUCAUUAACCUCACACCAAUAGAAGCCAGACUAGUAGUAGUUAACGUUACAUCACAACACCACUUGAUAACGAGCUGUUGGCUUCACCAGACAUUUGGACAGUUAACCUGGAAAUCGGAACAACGCUAAUUGUAUCCGUUCUGCUACUGGAUUCAACUGCUUCCCAUUUCCAUGGGAAAUGUCUUGUAGCAGAAUUUGUUGGUUUGGCUGUUACAAAAUUGAUAAAAUGAUAAAGAAAAA